UGCAAACCCUGCCCCUCCGAGCGAGCGCCGGAGAGAAGUUGUUUCGUGACCUGUUGGUCCCUGUGCACGCCAGGCUGGGAGCGGAGGGGGAUGCCCUCCCUGCAGCUCAGCCCGGGCGGGGGCUGGGGCACCAGGGUUCCCCGAAUUCGCUGACAGCCUCUGGGGACGCGCGCAUCCUCCAGCCCAUUUAUAAGGAGCCCGGUGCUGUCACUGGACCCCGAGGCAGCAGCAUUUCUGCUUUCGAGGUGUGAAACCGUUGCAGAGGCCCCUGUCUUCAUUUCCUUCAAAAAAUCCGUUGCAAGCCGCCGACUGAAAUUGUAGAAUCGAACAAGAUGAGGCAAGUGGCCGCCUGAGGAUUUCCCUCCUCACUAUGUGUUGGACUUGGCCAGAUGGUGGCUACAGUGGCAGUUCUCUGGGUGGGAAAGGCGCUCAGAGUAGUCAAGUUUCCUGACUUUGACAGUAAUGUACCUCGAAAGACGUUUCCACUACCUCUACUAUAUUUUGGGAACCAAAUCACGGGACUGUUCAGCACAAAGAAACUGAACUUGCCAAUGUUUACAGUUCUGAGAAGGUUCUCCAUCCUGUUUACAAUGUUUGCUGAAGGAGUGUUACUCAAGAAGACUUUUUCUUGGAGUAUUAAGAUGACUGUAUUUGCAAUGAUUAUUGGAGCCUUUGUAGCUGCCAGCUCUGACUUGGCAUUUGACCUGGAAGGAUAUGUUUUUAUUCUGAUAAACGAUGUCCUGACAGCAGCAAAUGGUGCAUACGUGAAACAAAAAUUAGAUUCAAAGGAGCUGGGAAAAUAUGGUCUGCUCUAUUACAAUGCACUGUUCAUGAUUCUGCCCACCCUGGCCAUUGCGUAUCUUACAGGAGAUGCACAAAAGGCAAUGGAUUUUGAAGGCUGGGCUGACACCCUCUUUCUUCUGCAGUUCACCCUCUCUUGUGUGAUGGGGUUUAUCUUGAUGUACGCCACAGUACUCUGCACUCAGUAUAAUUCUGCUCUUACAACUACAAUAGUUGGCUGCAUUAAGAAUAUAUUAAUAACUUAUAUUGGAAUGGUCUUUGGUGGAGAUUAUAUUUUCACGUGGACAAACUUCAUUGGCUUAAAUAUCAGUAUUGCUGGGAGCCUGGUGUAUUCCUACAUCAUUUUCUCUGAAGAGCAGCUGAGCAAACAGUCGGAGGCCAGUAACAAGCUGGACAUUAAGGGGAAAGGAGCAGUAUGACCAGAAGAUUGCUUCAGCGACGUAGGCCUAAGACUUUGAUCAGCUUGGAGCACUGGCAAUUCUUACACAGAUACUGGGGUGUCUUGAUUAUGGAGAAAAUACCAUUCCUUUGCACUUAUACAAUCUUAGGAUUGAUUGCUGCCUUUUAACAUUUUAUGAGAGAAACUUAUAAUUGACUCUAUUUUAAUUAUGCCAUUUGAAUUAAUUUAUAUCAGACUGGAAAAUGCACCAGGCUUUUUAAUUUAUUUUUCUUCUGUGCCGACAGUGAACCAUCGGUGUUUGGAAACUGUUGUAUUCCAUACUUUGAUAUCCAGGUGUCCCU